AUCGAACGGAUUAAAGAAGGACAACCUGGCACAUAUAAAGUGACAUCCAAAACUACAGAAGGAACUAACAUUGUGGAAGAGUUUAACACUAUUCUUGUUGCCAUUGGUAGAGAUCCGUGUACCAAAGGCAUCGGACUGGAGAAUGUUGGAGUCUCUCUCAACGAGAG